GAUUAGUGGUAGAGCAAUACAGCAUAACCAUUUGCUAGUUGACACUUGAUAGAAUUAUUAUGAUGCCAAAAUUGUGGAGGUGGAAGGGGGAUGUCUGUCUUGGUGGCAGGAACUGAUUCACUCACCUUCUUUCCAUUUUUAUCACGACCCAAAAGAAAAAACCCUGUAAAAAUACAACAAAGUGAUUCGCCACAGGACCCACACAAUAGUUCCAUUUGGGCCUUUUCUUCCUCCCAUUGGCCCUUCCCUCCUCUAUCCCUCUGCCACACUACGCACCGUUUCUUAUCCUUCACCAUUCCUCCUCUCUUUCUCUUUCCCUGCCACUGAACUCUCACAACUCAAUACUCAUCUCCCCAAAACUUAAAUAAAUUAACAAACAAUCGAUCUCACUUAACAUAACGCCAUUUUCGUGCUUUUAUGGAUUUGCCUCGCCAAGAGCUUUUGUGAUUGUCAAGUUGCGAAGCGCGUUGCGGAUCUGUAAUCGGAAAUACUGGAUCGUUCCAAUGGCUGGGAGUAACGAGCUUAACCCCAACGAUUCUAAGAUGGUGGUUCCGCUGAAUAUGUGGGUUCUGAUCUCAAAUUUCAAGUUGGCAUACAAUCUUCUUCGUCGCCCGGACGGUACUUUCAACCGGGACUUAGCAGAGUUCCUUGAUCGGAAGGUUCCCGCAAAUGCCAACCCUGUGGACAGAGUGUUCUCCUUUGAUGUUGUUGUUGACCGUGAAACGAAUCUUCUGACUCGAAUCUAUCGUCCUACUGAGGGAGAAGAACGUUCGGUGAACAUUCUUGACCUUGAGAAGCCUGUGAGCUCUGAGGUUGUUCCUGUCAUCAUAUUUUUCCAUGGUGGAAGUUUUGCGCAUUCUUCAGCCAAUAGUGCUAUAUAUGACACCCUUUGUCGUCGCCUAGUGGGUAUCUGUAAGGCUGUUGUGGUGUCUGUGAACUAUAGGCGUGCACCUGAGAAUAGGUAUCCCUGUGCAUAUGAUGAUGGGUGGACAGCUCUUAAGUGGGUUAGUUCUAGAUCUUGGCUCCAGAGUAAGAAGGAUAAGAAAGUUCAUAUCUACUUGGCUGGGGAUAGCUCAGGUGGGAACAUUGUGCACCAUGUUGCCCUCAAGGCCGUGGAGUCGGGAAUUGAAGUGUUUGGGAAUAUUCUGCUCAACCCAUUGUUUGGUGGGCAAGAAAGAACCGAGUCUGAGAAGCGCUUAGAUGGGAGGUAUUUUGUUAGAGUUAAGGAUCGAGACUGGUAUUGGAGGGCUUUUCUUCCUGAAGGGGAAGAUAGAGACCACCAUGCAUGCAACCCGUUUGGCCCCAAGGGGAAGAGUCUUGAAGGGAUCACCUUUCCCAAGAGCCUUGUGGUGGUUGCUGGUUUAGACCUUGUUCAGGACUGGCAAUUGGGUUAUGCCAAAGGGCUUGAGAAGGCUGGCCAAGAAGUGAAAUUGAUUUUCCUGGAGCAAGCAACCAUUGGGUUUUAUUUGCUGCCAAACAAUGAGCACUUCUCUCCUGUUAUGGAUGAGAUAAAAUAUUUUGUCAGCUCUGACUGUUGAUAGGCUUAACUUUUGCUAUAAUACACAACAAGUGGACGUUAGAAGAUUGUGUAGGAAAUAGGUAUGCUACUAAACCUUUUUUUCCUUUUUUCUUUUUGGGUUCUUUGCUGUAGGACUCUGCUCCCGCUAUUAGGUACUUGUAUGCUACUAAAUGUGUCUGAGAUUGGUGUAAUCAGCAUAUAGCUGUAUGAUGCUUUUCCGGAGCACAUAAUGAGGAAAUUGGGUGCUGCGGAUAGGUGAAAGCUUUUUAGGACAAAAAGGAGAGGAAGGUGUUAUUCUAUUUCUGGGCGUGACCUUGAUGCCAAUCAGGUGGGGCUUGUCGUUGUCUGACAAGUGUUAUAUAUAUAUAUAUAUAUAUAACUAAUUUUGGAACUCGGAUAGGAAAAUAUCAAUAAUAUGUUGGUGCUGUUAGGUUAUAUACGUCUGUGCUAUCUCCAUGAGUGUUUGUUUUAAGACUGUUUACUUUUUUUCUCUAUAUAGCUAAUUUGACAUUCCUAUGUCUUGGGUUGGGUUUGUCCUUGUUGGAUGAUGGACACUCCUUGCAAAUGUAAAUGGAUGGAUGUCUUUUCCGCAGCAAUGUUUAAGGCUUGUAUUAUGUUUGCUUCUGUAUAUAUAGAUAUUUUUCAGCUUUUUCUUAUGCA